GGUCUGAGGAAGCUGAGGCGCGGGGCCCGAAGCCGAGAGGAACCUGGGCGGCGUCGGGCGCGAGGGCGGGCGUCCCCGAAGUCGUAGCGCGGGAGUCGGCCGCCGGCACUCGGCCUCUCUACUUGCAGGUUCCCUCCCGGGACGCGGGAGAACCCGGAGCGCGGCGGGGGUGCGAGGUGGAGCAGGCGGGGGCGGCCAAUGCGAAACUGGCUGGUGCUGCUGUGCCCGUGUGUGCUCGGGGCCGCGCUGCACCUCUGGCUGCGGCUGCGCUCCCCCCCGCCCGCCCGCGCCUCGGGGGCCGGCCGGGCAGAUCGGUUGGCCUUACUUCCCCAGUGGAAAUCUAGUCAUUAUGAUGUGGUAGUUGGUGUGCUGUCAGCCCGCAAUAACCAUGAACUUCGCGAUGUGAUAAGAAGCACCUGGCUGAAGCAUUUAGUACAGCACCCAGCAUUAAGUCAACGUGUGCUUGUGAAGUUCAUAAUAGGUGCUCAUGGCUGUGAGGUGCCUGUGGAAGACAGGGAAGAUCCUUAUUCCUGCAAACUACUCAACAUCACGAAUCCAGUUUUGAAUCAGGAAAUUGAGGCGUUCAGUCUUUUGGAAGACACUUCAUCAGGGCUCUUUGAGGACCAAGUUGUCAGCGUGAGCUUCCGAGUUCUCUAUCCAAUCGUUAUUACCAGCCUCGGGGUGUUUUAUGAUGCCAGUGAUGUGGGUUUCCAGAGGAACAUCACCGUCAAGCUUUAUCAAGCAGAACAGGAGGAGGCCCUCUUCAUUGCUCGCUUCAGUCCUCCGAGCUGUGGGGUGCAGGUGAACAAGCUGUGGUACAAGCCUGUGGAGCAGUUCAUCUUACCAGAGAGCUUUGAAGGUACAAUCGUGUGGGAGAGCCAAGACCUCCAAGGCCUUGUGUCAAGAAAUCUCCACAAAGUGACAGUCAAUGAUGGGGGAGGAGUUCUCAGAGUCAUCACAGCUGGGGAGGGUGCCUUGCCUCAUGAAUUCAUGGAAGGUGUGGAGGGAGUUGCAGGUGGCUUUAUUUAUACUAUUCAGGAAGGUGAUGCUCUCUUAAAAAAUCUUCAUUCUCGCCCUCGAAGACUUCUUGAUCAUAUAAGUAAUCUCCACGAGGAGGAUGCCUUACUGAAGGAGGAAAGCAGCCUCUAUGAUGAUAUUGUGUUUGUGGAUGUUGUUGACACUUACCGAAAUGUUCCUGCAAAAUUACUGAACUUCUAUAAAUGGACUGUGGAAACAACCAGCUUUGAUCUGUUGCUAAAGACGGAUGACGACUGUUACAUAGACUUGGAAGCUGUAUUUAAUAGAAUCGCCCUUAAGAAUCUGGAUGGGCCUAAUUUUUGGUGGGGAAAUUUCAGAUUGAAUUGGGCCGUUGACCGAACCGGGAAGUGGCAGGAACUGGAGUACCCCAGUCCCGCUUAUCCCGCCUUUGCAUGCGGCUCAGGGUAUGUCAUCUCCAGGGACAUCGUCCACUGGCUGGCUGGCAACUCGGGGAGAUUAAAGACCUACCAGGGUGAAGAUGUAAGCAUGGGCAUUUGGAUGGCAGCCAUAGGACCUAAAAGAUAUCAGGACAGCCUGUGGCUGUGUGAGAAGACCUGUGAAACAGGAAUGCUGUCUUCCCCUCAGUAUUCUCCACAAGAACUAACACAGCUGUGGAAACUGAAGGAGUUGUGCGGUGAUCCUUGUCGGUGUGAAGCAAGAGGAGGAUGAGGUCAAUUCGCAGUGUUAAAGGUCAGGGACAACAGAAGUUCUGACACAGGAACUUUGAGAAGACGUGACAGCAAGCCUUUCACCUUUUGAAUUGUCAUGGAUUCUAUCAAGGAAAAGAAAAACCAUCAAGUUCUCUCAAAGGACAGUUACCUGUAAAAUGAGCUCACGUGACAAGACCACAACUGUAAUGACAGCUGUCACUGUCAUUUCAGUAAUACUAUCAAUUUACCCAGGUAAAUGAUCAGGGAACAGCUCACCCACCACGUGGGCCACCAGAUCAGUGUCACCAUUUAGGGGGUCGUUUGGGAGUCUGGGGGAAACGGAGCCGAUGAUUGACCUAAGUGCCCUUUGAUGAUGAGUUUUCAUACCAUUUCAGUGGUGUUUAGUAGUUCCUCCUUAACCUGAAUAAACCAGAAAUCAUAUUCUCAGCACA